CACAGGACCCUUCCUCUAGGAACAAAAAAUGGAGGAGGACUACUAUCAUAACUACUCGGACAUCUACGACGACGACGACUACCUCUACCCGGUCCUGGUGCUGGAGGAGACAGUGCCCCAGGAGGGCAGGGCGUUGAGGAUCUCCCUGGUGGUGGUGUACAGCCUCAUCUGCUUCCUCGGCAUCCUGGGCAACGGCGUGGUCAUCGUGGUGGCCACGUUCAAGAUGAAGCGGACGGCGAACACCGUGUGGUUCGUCAACCUGGCCGUGGCCGACUUCCUGUUCAACCUCUUCAUGCCCUUGCACAUCACCUACGCCGCCCUGGACUACCACUGGGUCUUCGGUCAGGCCAUGUGCAAGAUCAACAACUUUUUGCUCAACCACAACAUGUACACGAGUGUCUUCCUGCUGACGGCCAUCAGCUUUGACCGCUGCCUCUCCGUGGUGCUCCCGGUGUGGGCCCAGAACCACCGCAGUGUGAGGCUGGCUUGUUCCGCCUGCCUGUUCAUCUGGGCCCUAGCUUUCUUCCUGAGCUCCCCGGCCCUCAUCUUUCGGGACACGGUCCUGUACAAUGAUAAAAUCGUGUGUUUCAACAACUUUAGCCUUUCCGCCUCCCUGUUCUCCCAGGGGCUGGCCCACACCACCCAGGACCCAGUGGGGUUCAGCCGCCACAUGCUGGUGACGGUCACGCGUUUUCUCUGCGGUUUUCUGAUCCCUGUGAUCAUCAUCUCUACCUGCUAUGCCACCAUCAUCUGUAAGCUGCGCCGGAACCGCCUGGCCAAGACCAAGAAGCCCCUCAAGAUCAUUGUCACCAUCAUCGUCACCUUCUUCCUCUGCUGGUGCCCCUACCACACGCUCAGCCUCCUGGAGCUGUAUCACCACACCCUGCCCAAAGCCAUCUUCACCCUGGGCUUCCCCCUGUCCACGGCCGUCGCCAUGGCCAACAGUUGUGUGAAUCCCAUCCUCUACGUCUUCCUGGGCCAAGACUUCAAGAAGCUCAAGGUGACCCUCUUCUCCCGCCUGGUCAACGCGCUGAGCGAGGACACGGGCCAUUCCUCCUACCACAGCCACCGGAGCUUCACCAAAAUGUCGUCGGUGAACGAGCGCUCUUCCGCGAACGAGCGGGAGACCAAUAUGCUCUGAGUCUCCUCCACGAAGUCCCCAUGGAGGU